AGUGGCAAAGAGAACUGUAUGCCUUUAGACAGCAGUUCCAUUUUAAAUGUGUCAUCUGCUGUAAAUAUUUACAGUAAAGGCAUUAAUGACGAGGAAAAUUCUGACAUAGAUGAAGUAGUUCCUGAUUUUCAUUUAAAUGAAUAUCUUUGUGAUGUUACGUCACAUAUUGCUGGGUUUGUUAGCCGUAAGCUUCUAAAAAAUGUCAAAUGUACUCAUUGUACUUCAGCUUUGACACUGAAAGAUGAAAUAUUACCACUCUUGCCUAAUUCAUGUAAUAACCCAUCUUCCCUUCCUUUCAGCAAUUAUAAAUUGACUCAACGAAAGAAUAAGGGUGGGUUAGUUUUCCCAUCCCCAGAUGUUGUAAAAAUUUGUAAGGUGGCAGAAAAAAAUAUCAGGAUGAUGCAAGCUUCUGGGAGAUUACAUGUCAAGCAUGUUGUACACAAACUUAUUACUGGAAGCUUACGUUUCAUUAGCUCAAAUACAGUGAAUGGGGUUUUCAAUGAAUUGAAUGAUCACUCUUAUGAUCAAGAUCCAUUGAAUAACCACAAGAUUUUGUUAAUGAAGUCUGUUCUUUUUGAUUACAUUAAAAUUCGCCUUUGCCACAUUGGGAAGCUGAAAACUCAAGAGUUGCAAAGGAAUAAGUGCAGAAGCGUAAACACCAAAUCUAUUAUAUUUAAAGGGCAGUAAAGAAUUUAUUAGCGCCUCUGUCAAAUUUGGAAAAGAUUCACUUUUGUUUAUAUCUUGUAUUUAUUUUUGUACAUCCAGAUUACUUUAGUUUAUGUUAAAUGUUAUUAUUAAGAAUGCAUUAACAUCUAUGUCAAAUUUUUGUAAGACUUCAACUUUUGUAUAUAUAUUAAUUUCGUAGAAUUUAUCAGUAAGUGGCAAGCAUCCCUGUUAAACCUACUGUUAAUUUCUUUUUCACCCCUUGUUACAUUUUUUAGAGCUUUAUUAGCACCCAUGGUGUCACAUUUGGAAAAUCUUCACCUUUGUAUAUAUCUUUGUAUUUUAUUUAUUCAAGACUUCAUGAUUUUUGUAUAUCCAGAUUAUUUUUGUAAGACUUCAACUUAUGUAUAUAUAUUAAUUUUGUAGA